CAUAGCCGUGACAGUGACAGGUUCCGUACAAAGAGGGAAGGGGGAAGUGGUUCAAAUCUAAGUGACCACACACAAUAAACUAGAUAUUUCCCCAAAAGAGUGAUUGGCUGGCUGUCAGAUGUCACGUUGAAAUGACCGUGGCUUUUAAAACAGUGUCUAACUAGCCCAGCACUACAGUAUGACACAAGAGUUUUAUCUGGACCAUAUGUCACAGAAUACAGGUGACAUUUUUACCCGGCGGAUCCAUACCAGGCGGCUGCUGCAAAUCAAUCACUGAAAUACCAAGGAACCCACAAAAAGGUCUGUCUGAAAUCACUCAUAAUGAGUACUUCAGCUCCAUCAAUCUUCCUUCCAACUGCAGCCAGCCAGGCUCAUGGGACUAAUCAGAGUGUGAGUGUGGGACAGCCAUCAUACACGGUCCUCAAGUUCAUGGAGAGCUUCUGCCUCAUCAGCGCUGCCUGCGGCAUGGUGGGAAACGGCGUGGUCCUAUGGUACCUUGGCUUCCGCAUCCGGAGAAACCACUUCACUGUCUACAUCCUGAACCUGGCUGCCGCCGACUUUGGCUAUCUCCUCUGCAUCGCCAUUGAGACGGUUCAGUACCUGAUGCAGUUCAAUGUUGGGGUGCAGUUUGGGAUAUUCCUCUUCCUGGAUCUUUUCAUGUAUGGGACCGGCUUGUAUCUCCUGACCACCAUCAGCAUUGAGAGGUGCCUGUCUGUCCUUUGUCCCAUCUGGUGCCGAAGCCACCGCCCAAAGCACUUGUCCGCCAUCAUCUCCGGCCUGCUCUGGGCUCUCUCCCUGCUGCUGAACACACUCGGGUACAUUCUGUGCACCGUUCGCCGCUCUGCCAGGACCUGCCAGCUCCUGCUCAUCGCCAUCGGAUCCCUGGACUUCCUCUUCUGCACACCCCUCAUGCUGCUCUUCAGCCUCACCCUCUUCCUCAAAGUCAAGUGCAGCUCCCAGCACUUCCGAACGGGCAGGCUCUUCACCAUCAUCAUGCUCACCAUCCUCUUCUUCCUCAUUUUUGCUGUGCCUCUGAGCAUCCUCAUCCUCUUUGACUUCUUGGGCUACAAAUUCCUCUACUCCCCAGAGAUCGGCUUUGUGCUGUCCUGUGUGAACAGCAGUCUCAACCCUGUCAUUUACUUCCUUGUGGGGAGCUACAGGGAUCGGAGGAUCAAGUUCACCCUCAAGCUGGCAUUCCAGAGGGCCUUUGAAGAUUCAGAUGACAAAGACGAACAGGAUACCCGUGACACAAUGACUAUGUCCUCCUAAAACAUCGCUGUGCCUAACACAGUAACACUGGUCUGGAGCUGAAGGCCAAUAAUUUACAGAAUUUAAGAACUCUGAGGUAUUGGGGGAGGUUUACCUCACCUAACCUUCAGUAUCUUCAUUGUAGAUCUCUACCCUUUAGCUAGUUAUUUUAUAUUGUCUCUGUGGUUGAUGAAAACACACAGGUACUUGGACCACAGAAUUCAUCUGACCUGUAUUAGGACCACAUUGAAAGUGCCUAUUUUUUUUCAGUGGCCAUUAAAUGAUUUCAGUUUGGUAAGGUGAAA